AUGCAAAUAAUUGUUUUACUUACUAUUGCCUUCUUCUCUUUUCACUCAUUAUCAUAUUUCAAGGGUGAUCCUCCCCAUUACUGGCAAUUCGAGAGGACACCUGUUCGUCAGUGGUGGGCAAAGUACUUCGGCAUUUCCGACAUCGAGCAUCAUGAGAGAAAUCUUGCUUAUUACGAGAAAUUAGGAAUUCAAGCCAGAUGGAGACAAAUUGAGCAGCGUGUGAAGCACUUGGAAGGUGAACGUUGGGAUUACAAAGCGUGGAGCUAUCAGCCGGUCUCCUCCACGUGGGUGGAUUACGGUAGAUGGCAUGCCCUACGCAUACGAGAUCAGUACGAACAGCAUGGACACUACCCGCAGUAA